CGUCUGGCUGCUUCCAUCUCUUCGGGCUCCAUCCCAGCUCCGUGGGGUAGAACCGCUGAUCCCCGUGACCCGCCGGCGUCUGAGACUCUGAGACCACGACCUUUGACCUCGUCCCCCGAGCCAGGCAGCCGCCGCGCCAGCGCCAUCCAACCACCAUGUACUGCCUGCAGUGGCUGCUGCCGGUGCUGCUCAUCCCCAAGCCGCUGAACCCGGCGCUGUGGUUCAACCACUCCAUGUUCAUGGGCUUCUACCUGCUCAGCUUCCUGCUGGAGCGGAAGCCCUGCACCAUCUGUGCCUUGGUGUUCCUGGCCCCGCUCUUCCUCGUCUGCUACAGCUGCUGGGGAAACUGCUUCCUGUACCACUGCCAGGACGCCGGCGCGCUGCUGCCGGCCGCCGCGCACGACCCGGCCAUCGUCGGCACCUAGGGGUGCCCGGAGAGGAGGAGGAGGAAGAGGAGGACGAGGAGGAGGAAGAGGAG